AAGAAAGAAAUUGGUGCUGCAGCGUAACCGAGUGCUUUAAACUGACACCACAGCGGUGGUAGUCUUUGUUUUGCUCGUGACAUAGUCUGUGAUCUUUAUAAACCUGAUAAGAUGGUUCAAUUACACUACAGCUACAAAAAGCUAUUUCAAAUAUAUAAAUUUUCCUCAAAUAUUAUAGGUACAUCGCUAUUACCUAGAAGAUUUGUUCCAUCACAUCAAAAUAGACAUGAAAUUCGCUUCAAGACUUCAGGUGCUGGUGAACGAGCUCUACAGGAGAGACAGAGGCAGCACAUGGCACGAGGUUUGCCAAAACAGAAGCCAAUAGCUGGAGUGAAGGAGGUCAUUGUUGUUGCAUCAGGGAAAGGAGGGGUGGGAAAGUCCACAACAGCAGUGAAUCUUGCUCUUGGACUCAUGGCUAAUGAUCAGAGUAAAUCGGUGGGUCUUCUAGAUGCUGAUGUCUAUGGCCCUUCAGUUCCCAGGUUAAUGAACCUAAAAGGAAACCCUGAAUUAACAGACAAUAACUUGAUGAGGCCACUUGUAAAUUUUGGAAUUUCUUGCAUGUCAAUGGGCUUUCUGGUUGAAGAGGUGGCACCUAUUGUGUGGAGGGGUCUGAUGGUGAUGUCAGCUAUUGAGAAACUCAUUAGACAGGUAGACUGGGGGAAUCUGGAUUACCUUGUGAUUGAUAUGCCACCUGGAACCGGAGACGUCCAACUGUCUAUUACUCAGAACAUUCCUAUAGCAGGCGCUGUGAUAGUGUCCACUCCUCAAGACAUUGCCUUGCUAGAUGCACGAAGAGGUGCUGAGAUGUUCCGAAAGGUUAACGUUCCGGUACUGGGUUUGGUUCAAAACAUGAGUGUUUUUCACUGUCCCAAAUGCAAUCAUCAAACUCACAUUUUCGGCUCAGAUGGGGCUAAAGAGCUGGCUCAUACCCUCGGUGUUGAGAUGCUUGGAGACAUUCCUCUUCAUCUUAACAUUAGAGAGACAUCAGACAAAGGACAGCCUGUGGUUGUGUCGUCCCCAAAUAGCCCAGAAGCCGAAGCUUACAGAAGAGUUGCAGCAGCAGUAGUACGGCGACUGCGAAGCAUCCAAGUUAAAUGACUUCCAGAUUUAAUCUAGUCUUGGUGACCUGAGGAUAAUGUCAGUAUUGUAUCAUUGCCUCCUAAUCAACUUAUUUACCCAUUUAAAUUGGUAUUACAUGCCUAUUAGAAUGUUAUCAUUUAUCUUAUUUAUACACAGACAUACUGUUAAUGUUAUUUACAGGCAUUAAAAUAACUCAUAUUAAUAAAAA